AUGAGGACCACAGGGCUGCUGUUUGUUGUUGGGCUGUGUUUGCUGGAUGUCACGUCGUCCCUUAAAAUCUGUGCUUUUAAUAUUCAGAGCUUUGGAGAAUCCAAGGCAAACAACAAGAAGGUUAUGGGGAUUCUGCUAAAGGAGGUCCGAGACUCUAAAGGAGAAGUAAUACAAGCUUUGGUUAAGGAUCUUAACAGGUUUGACAAAUACAACCCCUACUCUUACGUGGAAAGCGAAAGGCUCGGGAGGAAGGCCUAUAAGGAGCAAUAUGUCUACAUUUACAGGAGCAAUGUGCUGAAGGUCAAAGAGCAUUAUCAGUACCCUAAACUCGAAGGAAAGGGGACCAAUGAAACUGAUGUUUUCUCCAGAGGGCCCUUCAUCAUCCACUUUCACUCCCCCACUACAUUGGUGAAGGAUUUUGUCCUGAUAGGGCAGCACACCAGUCCGAAAACCGCCAUGAAGGAGCUCGAUGAACUGUACGCUGUCUUCAAAAGGAUUUACAAGAAGUGGAAGACAGAUAAUGUGAUCAUCUUAGGUGACUUGAACGCUGGGUGCAGCUACAUCACCACCAAAGGAUGGAGAGCCAUGCGCCUGAGGAGUGACCCCAAAUUUCACUGGCUAAUCGGAGACGAGCAAGACACCACCGUCAGGGAGAAGACACACUGUGCCUACGACAGGAUCAUCGUGCACGGACCGGAGGUUGUUUCCAGUGUAGUCCCAGCUUCAGCUCAGCCCUUCAACUUUAAAAAGCGUUUCCAUCUAACUGAGGCAGAGGCUCUUGAGGUCAGCGACCAUUUUCCUGUAGAAGUUGACCUGAAGGCCAACCACCGCUACUUCCUCCGCCAUGAGCUGUAA